AUGAGGGAAACAGAUGCCUUCUUUUUAAGGUACAGGUUUGAUCCAGAAGAGGAGUACAAAAUGGACCACAGGAGGAGAGGGAUCGCCUUGAUCUUCAAUCAGAAGACAUUCUCCUGGAAGUUAAAGCUUCCAGACAGAUUGGGCACCGAAUUUGACCGGGACAAGCUCAUUCGCAGGUUUAAUGAGCUAGGCUUCGAAGUGAAGUGCUUUAACAACCUUAAAGCAGAAGAAAUACAAGACGAAAUUGAUGAGGCAUCCACCUGCAGCCAUGCAGAUGCUGAUUGCUUCGUGUGUGUCUUCCUGAGCCAUGGCGAAGGCAAUAGCAUUUAUGCCUAUGAUGCCAAAAUUGAAAUCCAGAUGUUAACUGAGAAGUUCGAAGGAAGCAAGUGUCCAACCCUGAUUGGAAAACCCAAGAUAUUUAUCAUUCAGGCUGCUCGGGGAGACAAGUACUAUGAUUCUGUCACUCCACUGGAUGCCCUGGGCCAUGAGACGAGCAGGAUGGAUAUUCCUGUCAUCCCACCACACAGGGUGUAUCAUGAUAUGGGCAGACAGGAGAGUAAUGUGAUGCCUGCUGGAGCGGACUUCCUCAUGUGCUACUCUGUGGCUGAAGGAUAUUGUUCUUUCCGGGAAAUUGCGUAUGGCUCAUGGUACAUUCAGGAUUUGUGUGAAAUGUUGGGAAAAUACGGAUCCUCCUUGGAGUUCACAGAACUCCUCACGCUGGUGAACAGGAAAGUCUCGCAGCGCCGGGUGGACUUCUGCUUAGACCGAAAUGCCAUCGGGAAGAAGCAGAUCCCCUGCUUUUCUUCAAUGCUAACAAAGAAGCUGCGUUUCUAUCCCAAAGCUAGCAACUAG